AUGGAGAAGGCGCCAGGCACGAGCAUCGAGGCUAUCAUCCGACGGCUUAGGCUCCACCAGGCGCCUCCCUCCCCUUACUCCGGCGAUCCCUCAACAGCGGCGACCCCCGCCGCAGCCAACCUGUUUCAGCCGCGGAGAGCCGCCGUACUGGUCUGCCUCUUCCACGACGCUGCCGGCGAGCUGCGUGUCCUCCUUACCAAGCGCGCUUCCUCCCUCUCCACCCACUCCGGGGAGGUUGCAUUGCCCGGAGGAAAGGCAGAGGAGGGUGAUGCUGAUGAUGCAGCAACGGCAUUAAGGGAGGCAAAGGAGGAGAUUGGGCUUGAUCCAGCCUUGGUCACUGUCGUCUCCUCGCUUGAGCACUUCUUGUCCAAGCAUCUUCUGGUAGUUGUUCCUGUUGUUGGCAUACUCUCAGAUAUACAGGCUUUCAAACCUGUCCUUAAUGUUGAUGAGGUGGACGACAUUUUUGAUGUACCCCUAGAGAUGUUCCUCAAGGAUGAGCGCAGGAGAUCCGAGGAGCGAGAAUGGAUGGGGCAGGCGUUCACACUUCACCACUUCGAUUAUGAGAAAGGCGACAAGACGUAUGUAAUCUGGGGGCUGACUGCUGGCAUCCUGAUUCACGCGGCUUCAGUUGUAUACCAGCGGCCACCAGACUUUGCUGAGCGAAGGGUACAAUUCAACCUGCCGAAGUACUCACAGGAGUCUUCUCCAAUGCCAUGA